UCCGCUGCACGGGAAGAAGAAACACGAACUAGCCGCGCGCUUUGUGUUUACGUUUCGCGAGCUUCGAGACAAUUUUCAAGACAGUAAUGGCAGUAUUCUUGAUCCACGUGAGCGACAAAAUAUCCCUUGCCUCAUAAAUGUGUAACAUUAGUAGCAAUAAGUGCGUUCAUGCAAGAUACGUCUAGCCUGCAACGCGCGAAUUAGCCUGCUAGUCCAUCACGUCUAUACAGACACUCGCAUAUUAACGACAUAUAAGAAACCUCUCUGAAUGUAUGGAACCGCUCCCGAUCAGAUUAUGUUAGGGCAAUGAGUAUUUUGAUCUGAAUUCAAAAGUUCCCUAGCGUUACUCUCAGUAAUGGCAUGUUCCGCAGAUCGCAGUGACAGCGGGUCCGGAUCUAUUCUGCAUGCAGCGCUUGAGCAGCUGCGGGGCGCAUUGAAUCUUUCCUUAACCCUCGGCAGCCCGCUAUCCUUGACCGUCAUCGCCGUUGACCGCUACCUGAGUCUACAUCCCACCACUGAGAGCUACAGCUACGACCUGACAGUCACGGACGGCCGGUGGAGGGUAAAGUGUCAGCUGGCGGAGAGUCUGAUCCGGUGGGUAAAGAACGGCUCGCUGCGGUGCGGUGUCGGGGUUCGGCUGUCCCAUCUGUCAGUUGUCCACGAUGAGACGAGACUGGGUCACAGUUACCUGAGGAUAGACGGCAUCCACAGCAUCACGGAAAUGCCUGAGAUGUUUGACAACAUUAAAGAUGUGGAUAACAUCCCGCAGUGGUUUCGGGAUGAUGUGAUUCGCACUAAUGGACCUCUGCAGCUGACAAGGAAACAUUAUUUAUCGUUGUGGAUAAACGAUGAUCCUCACGGGAGUGUGUGGAUUGCCAAUAGCCCGCCGCCACACGUAGUUUUAGAUGUUUCUAAUAUUACUUUGCUUGGGGAUCUGGAAGCAUUCUUUCACAGCUCCAAACGUCCUCUACCACUUCUGGUCCGAAUUCUGCACAGAUCCAGAAUCCGGUACUAUGGAAAACCUGGACAAAAUAUUGACUUCCCAUUUCAGGUGUACUAUGAGGUGGCUGAUCAGAGUGGCAUUAUGUCAAUGGUCUUAUGGAAUGAACUUUGCCCUGAAUGGUUCCAUCGGCUAACAGUUGGCUCGGUUCUGUACUUGCAGCAAUUUGCUGUAAAACCCAGUUAUCAGAAACGCUCAAGGCCGCAGAUCAGCAUUCUCUCACUCAUGGCAUUCCGCUCCGUUGAGAUCAGCUUGAAUCCUCGAAGUCCAGCAACUGUAGUGACAGUGGUUCCACCGAAAUGUGUUCAGCCUCAAUGGGGUCUUCCUGAUGUCCCAUACAACUUUACCACAAGGUCAGAGGUGGAAGCCAACAGUAACCAUGCCAGUGACAUCAUUGGUCUGGUGACUUAUGUAGGCCGGCUUGAACGAAUCAGGAGCAAAGAAAAGUCUGGACCGGAGAAAUUCUGGGCAUAUCGGUGGGUACAUGCGGUAGAUGGGACAAGUGACUCUCCUUUUAUACUGGAGAUCUUUUCUUCAUCCCAGCCAGAGAUCUUCAGCAAUAUCUGCCCCAUGACGUAUCUGGUGUGCACUCAAAUGAGGGUGUGUCAGGAGGCGGAUCGUUUUGUCUAUUUGACCAGCAGCACAGAGACUCAGCUCUUCAUCACAGGCUGUCAUAAAAAGCAGCCGUAUGUGAAUGAGCCAAAGGUAAAAGCGUUCAUCCAGUGGACAAAGACACUUAAAGACAAUGUCAUGCUGCAGAAGACUGCUGUCGGAGGACACUACAGCUACCCUCCUGCCCCGCCCACCUUCACACCGACCACCAAAAACAACACAGCCAAUGAGACAUCAAUUAUAGCAGUUGCUGAACUGAAGGGGGAGCUAGAGAGUAUGCAGUACAGAGAACACAAGAGAGUGGCCAUACAGGGCUACGUGGCUGCUGUGCAGUACCACUCCUGGCCUCCAGGGGAUCAACAACCUGGAGUCAAUGCUGUACAGGAAACAUCACAAAGUCACCAGCAGCAAGGAGUAAGUGAUGCUGGAUCGUUUAGGCAUCACGCCACGAUGGAGGAGAGGUCUGUGGAACUGAGAAAAAUAGACUCAGCCUCAUCUGAUUCAGAUUCUGCGAUUCCACCCAAACGCAAGAGACUGCACUCAAGGGUAAAGCAGCGUCAGUAUUUUACUAGAUCCAAAGUACAGUCUGACAGUCAGGCUGGCUUUACCUCUCAUGUGGAAGAAGAGCCUAGUAAUGAAGCAGAACUGGAAGAAGAGGAAUCUGAGAGUGAAGAUGAACACAUGCUGAUCAGAUAUUCAGCCGCAAGAGAAGUGAUUGACCAGAGGCUGAGCGGUUCUCCAGACGCACAAUCUGCCAGCCAAUCUGCUGCAUUAUGGGAAAGCAGCAUAUGGCCACUGGUGAAGCAAAAUGUGACGGAUCACUUUUGUUGUGGCAGACUGGAUGAAGGAAGCAUUGCCGAAAAUUUUCAUUUUGAUGACCGAGAAGUUCUGCUUCAACACCUGAACCUGUGCCCAGCUAAAUGGACACCAGAUCUUACCCCACAGACACAUACUCACACACCUGUGGCCUGCACCGGCUACUUCAUACUCACUAUACUUGGCCUAAAUCAAAAGGCUGCAGUAGAUAUUCUGUUUUUGCCUGUUGUUACCCCCGAUGACCCCAGAGCUGCUGGAGUGCCCCAUAGUCACCAUGACAACUCUCUGCUGUCCUGUUUGACGACAGGACACGUGUGUGUUCAGCCAGAUGGUACUUGCCCUGAUCCAGGGACGUUGAUGAGUUCUGCCCCUCAGAUGGAGUCAGAACGUGUGGUGUGUAUCAUUGAUCUGUGUCUGCUUGGAGAGAACAGAAUAGAAAUGAUCUGCUCUAAACUGUACAGAACAGCAGACAUCUGCCAGCCUGAGAGCACUUAGAGAAGCCACACGUCAUGAAAAUCCUGUGUUUAAUGAUUUAUGUAUGAAUGUAUAUACACCAACAUGUAGAAAUGUUGAUCAGCGCUGAUGCUAAUAUUAAUGUUUAUUUUGCAUUUUAAAUGCUUUUGUUUGAAUAGACCAAAAGCUAAUUUGUUAAAAGCUAAUAUUUUAUUUUAUGUGUGCAUUGCUUUUGUAUUGUUUGUU